UUACUUUUCUCUCAGAUGGCAGAGGGAGACAAAAGGGUUGCCAGAAAGAGGCACGGGAGCCGGAACCCGGUUCUGGCCCGGGGAAUCGGCCGUUACUCCCGGUCUGCGAUGUACGCCCGCAGGGCCAUGUACAAGAGGAAGUCCAAGACCACUGAGACCAAGAUGGAGAAAAAGAUUAGGACGAAGCCCAAGGCAACUGUCAUCAAGACGGUCGGAGGAGACAAGAACGGAGGAACUCGUGUUGUCAAGCUGCGCAAGAUGCCUCGCUACUACCCCACGGAGGAUGUUCCCCACAAGCUGAGGACUCACGGGAAGAAGCCCUUCAGCCAGCAUAAGAGAAAGCUGCGCAGCUCCAUCACGCCAGGAACAGUCCUGAUUCUGCUCACUGGUCGCCACCGUGGAAAGCGCGUGGUGUUCCUGAAGCAGCUCUCAAGUGGUCUCCUGCUUGUCACUGGCCCUCUUGCUUUGAACAGAGUACCCCUGCGUAGGGCUCACCAGAAGUUCUCAAUUGCUACAAAAACAAAAAUUGACAUCUCUGGCAUGAAGGUCCCAAAAACGCUGAAUGAUGCCUACUUCAAGAAGAAGAAGCUGAGGAGACCCCGUCACCAGGAGGGAGAGAUCUUUGAUACAGAGAAGGAGAAGUACCAGGUGACGGAGCAGAGGAAAGAGGACCAGAAGGCUGUUGAUGCUCAGCUCCUUCCCCUCAUCAAGAAAGAACCUCAACUCCAAGGCUACCUGCGCUCCUCCUUCUUCCUGUCUAAUGGAGUCUUUCCACAUAAGCUGGUUUUCUAAAUGCGUUGUAAUAAAGUACCGCCAUAUAUAA